AUGGAUAAUCUAUAUAUCGCGGCGUACCAGUUCGAUAAAAUCAACUUUUAUGUAGACCUCGAAUCUCUAAUUAUCCUGAACAUUUACAGAAUUUCAGGAAACGAAAAUAUAAAAUUAAACAUCAAACUACUUGAUGAUGAGCCGAAAGGGGCUUUCAUUAAAGUAGACAUGAGUCGGGUCACAUUUGAGAUAAUUGAAACUUUUCCGGAAGUUGCAAGUUAUUGUGUGUGGCCAGUAAUUGUUCAGGAUAAUUAUGUUAUUGCUGGUUUGUGUUCAGUAGCUCGACAAAUGAUCAAACACUCAGAGCACAAGAAAGUAAAAAAGCUUCUUGGGUUUCGAGACGCUUGUCUAAUGGCGUGCAGUGAAAGCUCAAUUUGGACUAAAUUUUGCGAGGUUGACAUGGUCAGUACCAUAAAAAGUAUUCUUCUUAAUCCGUCGAGUUAUUUUGACGGAAACGUGUUGAAAUUACCUCAAGAUAUGUCAAGGUUUGAGUACCACAUGGGACAACCUGUACGGAUGCACAACAUUUAUAAAGUCGCCAGAGAACAAAGCAAUGAUAAAGCAAUCAAAAGUAGCAUUCCUAUUGAUAAGUUGGAUCUUCACCACACUUUUGGAGAAGGACCUUUUAUGACUUUGUCAGAUAUUAUAUUAUUUUCGUGUACGGAAAUUUUCCUCGCAUUGUGUCCGGAAGAUAGACUAAGGGAAAAACUACCUCUAACUAUAAAUUGGUUUAAUACCAUGAAAGAAAAAAACGUAAAUAAAAUGAAAUUUUCUUUGGAUGCGCUAGGGAAUGAUGUGACUACUAUAGUUGUACCUGAUAUUGUCAAACAAAGUUUGUACACUGCUAAUCCUGGAAGAUAUAAACCAGAGAAACGUAUUUACACUAAACAAAAAGACAUCACAAAUUCCCUCAGGAUUAUUAAUAACAAUCACAUAGAAAUCGCGAAUUCCUUGUACCCUUAUGGUGAUGAUGUUCCCUUUGAUUGGUCUAAAAUACCAUCAGAAGCAAAUCCUACGAGUGGAGCUUUGCCAGAAAAUCGGGCUUACCGAAAGUGCGAUCAGUUGGAAAACCUCGCAAAAGCAGUAAUAAAACUCGUAGGUUCAAAAGAGUGCCGAAUUGUCGAUUUUUGUAGUGGAAGUGGUCAUCUAGGGAUUCUUCUCGCUUAUUUAUUGCCAAAAUGCACCAUCAUUUUGGUUGAAAAUAAAGAACUCUCUUUAGUUAGAGCCAAAGAACGCAUACUCAAAAUGAAUUUAACCAACAUUAUCAUUUUACAAUCAAAUUUGGACUAUUUUAUUGGUUCCUAUGACAUCGGCGUUUCUCUUCAUGCUUGUGGCGUCGCCACCGAUUUAGUCAUUCAGAACUGUAUAAAAAAUAAAGCCCAUUUUGUUUGUUGCCCUUGUUGUUAUGGAGGAAUUCACGAUUGUUACCAUUUGACGUACCCAAGAAGUGUUCAAUAUCAAAACCUGAACAUGGAUCAUAAAGAUUACUUGACUUUAGCUCACGCGGCUGAUCAAACUCACGAUCCUAAUAACAGAAAAACUACACAAGGAUUUAUUUGCAUGGAUGCUAUUGACACUGACAGGAGAUUGUAUGCUGAAAGUUGUGGCUAUGAAGUACAUUUAGGAAAAUUGCAGCCGUUUUCUUGUACAAAUAAAAAUAAUUUGUUAGUAGGUAUUUGUAGUGGUUAAUUUCGAAGUUUUUAAAACUGUACAAGUAUUUUUGUGGUUGUAUUUAAUGUGGCAGUUGUGACAAAAUUUAACUAAAAUGUAUGUAUGUUUUUUGUAUUGUCGAUAUGUUUAAUUAUAAAAGUAUUAAAAAAUAAA